CACACGCGUUGGCGUUAUCGCCUCGUUCUGCUUUGUACACCGACAGAGUGUUUUUCCGACAGGUUUUCUUGUUUUACAUUGCAGUCUAUCAUUCUUAACGCAUGAUUUGUUUCGAAAACAACUUUAACGACGUGUUUAAUCUCGGGUUUGAAUUUCCACGUCGUAGGCUGUUGAAGAAAGACCAUGAACGCUACUUUGUCCCAAAAGAUGGUGUGGGUGGAUCUUGAGAUGACAGGCUUGGACAUUGAAAAUGACAAGAUAAUUGAAAUGACAUGCAUAAUUACAGACUCUGACUUGAACAUUUUGGCUGAGGGGCCCAACUUGAUAAUAAACCAGUCCGAUGAACUACUGGAAUCCAUGUCUGAGUGGUGUACAGAGCAUCAUGGAAAGUCAGGACUGACCCAGGCAGUAGGGUUGAGUAAAACCACCCUGGAACAAGCAGAGUGUGAAUUUACAUCCUUUGUUAGACAACACACUCCACCUGGACAAUGUCCCCUAGCUGGAAAUUCUGUGCAUGCAGACAAAAGGUUCCUGGACAAAUAUAUGCCAGAGUUCAUGAAGCAUCUCCACUACAGAAUAAUUGAUGUCAGUACCAUUAAGGAGCUUUGCAGGCGGUGGUUUCCAGUGGAGUAUGAGAUGGUGCCACAAAAGAAAGCAACCCACAGGAAUUUUGUUUUCUGUUUCAGAGCCUUGGAGGACAUCAGGGAGAGCAUAAAAGAGCUGCAGUACUACAGAGCCAGCAUCUUCAAAGCUACUUUUGAGAAAAAACACCAGAUUGUUCAAAAUAGUAACAGUUAACAAUAGUCUGUAAACUUUCAAGAUCAGAGAGCCUUUUGUUACCAUCACAUCAGCCAAAUCUAUGAUGAAGCAGUUAUCAGUCAUAUUAAUCAUAAGACUUCUAGCUCUGAGGUUCCUUCGUGUCUGUACUAUUCAAAAUGUUAGCGGUUCAUAAGAGGGAGCUCACCUUUUAGUUAGAAACUAUUACUACAUCAUGUAAAGUUACAGGUAAACUUACAUAUUCAUAUUAAAGCUGAAAUUGGUUUCAUUUUGCUUUUGUUACGAAGUGAAAAUUUAAAACAACAUUAUGCUCCCCCCGACAAUUCAAAACAGUUCCCUGGUGUCUUAAUAACAUGCCUUUGACAUGUUUUUUGUCAAAAUAUCCCAAGGAUCAAGGCCGUACAAACAAUGUUGCGUUUACUGCGUACUCACACGAGUUUGAUCGCGGUAGUUGUGGGCACACCUAACGCAACUUUGGUUCAUUCGUGCCACACGUAACCGAUUCACAGUAAAGUACAACCGACAACUGUAAACAAGUAACAUUAUUAUUAUUAUUAAUCAGUUUAUUUGAAAGGGGACAAUGCAAUUUCAUAAAACACAUGAAAUACACAUGGUUAAAAAAGCCAGAAUUAGCCAGAAGGCUAGUUUUCAUCUGUAGUCCCCUGGCCAUGAUGUAAAAAAGCAGUAAAAUACAUCUACAAGACAAUAUAAUAUAAAACAGGAUACAUAAAGACUUACUAUUAAGAGAGAAUAAAACCACAAAUCAUUUGAUCAUAACAAAAAAAAAAAAAAAAAAAAACAUCAUAACAUACUUGUCUUUUAGUGUUGGCAGCUAUAGGUGUUAACUAACCACAUUUUCAGUUUUUUUGUGAAGGCCUUGUAUGUUGUAAGCAGUUUAACCUCCUCAGGUACUGAGUUCCACUCACCAGUGCUCCUCACUGACCAGGCUGACUUACUGAAAGUGCUCCUGUACAGAGGAAUGAGACAGUCACCUCUGACAGAGCCUCGAGUGACACGCUCAGAGCUGUUUCUUUGGCUGAUGAACUCAGCCAGAGGAGCUGGAGCCAAAUCAUGCAGUACUUUAUAAAUCAAAUUUAAAUCUGCAAAUAUGUGAAGACUGUCCCAGUUUAAAAGACUGUAUUUUUUUAAAAUUGCACAGUGAUGAUAGUGCCUUGGUUUUUUAUCCAUCACUUUAAUUACUUGUUUGUACAAAACUUCCAAUGUUUUUUUUUGCAUUCUGAUCAGCCUGGGACCAACUGGUUAUGCAAUAGUUAAAGUGACUAAGAAUCAUUGAAUAUAAGUAAAUUUUUGCGGCUUCAGUUGACAUUUCAUUUCGAAUUGCACGAAAAUUUGCGAGGUUUAAUUUGAUAUUUUUACACAAUUUGUCAAUAUGGGCUUUAAAGGAAAGCUGUGAAUCUAUUAUUAACCCAAAAUAUUUGUAUUGGCUGACAAUUUGCAUUUUUUCUCCAUUAACAAGUAUGUCGGGGUCAGGUGAUACUCUAUUUGUUUUAGUGAAAUACAUGCCGACAGUUUUAGAAACAUUUAGCUGUAGACAGCACUCCUGCAACCAAGUUGUGACACAGGACAUUGUAUUAGUGAGUUUAGCAGCAACAGUAUCUUUGGAGCGACCAUGAACAAAGAAAACCGUGUCGUCUGCAUACAUUACGCACUCUGCUUCAGAACAAACAGUGGGCAA